CUCUGCACCAUCAACUAACGUGACAUUUUGUUUGUGUUCCCACAGGGUGGCUGACAAGCUGCCGAGACCAAACCUCGUCUUGCUCAAGCUCUUGCUCUCUCUGCUCCACCACAUCAGCCAAAAUGCUGAGACCAACAGGAUGGACUCCAGCAACCUGGCCAUCUGCAUUGGCCCAAAUCUGCUGAGCCCAGGCACGGACAGCGCGCUCCCGCUGGAAGUGCAGAAGGAGAUGAACGACAAGGUGACAGUGCUGGUGGAGUUCCUCAUAAACAACUGCAUGGAAAUAUUUGAGGGGGACAUUGCCUUCCCUGCCUGUGCCUUGGCUGAGGAGUCACCAGAGCACACAGACAGCUCCACAGAGCUGAAUUCAGAAGAGCAGCAAGUGAGGUGCACACAGGGAGUGAGAAGGUGCUUUUCUGAAGAGAUAACCCUCUCCAUUUUCCACCCAAGAAGAAAGAAGAGUACAUGUGGCUAUGCAAAUAGGAAAAGGAGAGGUGCAAAUUCCCCAGCCACUGUCAAAACAAGUCUCCUGUAUGAACAAAGAUUCUGUUGCAAAACUGGGCCAAAAUGAGAAAGGAACUUCUCCUCACAGAAGGUAUUGAAACAAAAAAGUCUUCAAUUUACACCAUGAGGUUAAGUGCAAAAUUAAGGAAGAUGUGUCUCCAUGUGCACUGGUUCUGCUGCUUUCAGCUAAGAACUACGUCGCUGAGAAAUGCUGUCCUCUACAGAAGGUGUCCAGCCCAAGAAGGGGAUGGGAAGACAGAAAUAAGGUCCAGAUAAGUGCUCAGCUUCUCCCUGGCAGUCCCCACAGGGGCUGUGGGAGCCUCUGUGGUGUCUCAGUCCAGCCCACUCUCCACUUAACCCCCAGCAGCACUCACGAUCCUCCUUGCCAGCUGCUGAAUUUUUUCCAUGCUCAUUGAUUCAGAAGGGCUGUGAGAUCUGGAACACUUACAAGGCUCUAUGCAGCUAACAGUAACAAAGAUCAGGUGUUUAU